AUGUCCUACCUCUUCGGUUCCCUCUUCAAGUCCUCGACACGAAUGCAUAACCUCAAGAUCCUCGCGAUCGAUUUCGACGGCAGCGAUAUCGGAAAGGCCAUUUCCGGUGCUUAUGAUACCCUCCAGUCAGACAAGUUCCCUUCCGUUGAGUUCGGUUCGUCCUCCGAGUAUGAUACCCCUGAAAAGGUUCGCGACGCUGUCUGUAACCAUGGCUACUGGGGUGCUAUUUACACUCAUCCUGGUGCCUCUGAUCGUCUUUUGUCCACCAUUGAGGGCGACAACACUACUGUUUAUGAUCCACAAGACGCUGUCACUACGAUUUACAACGGCGCAUACUAUCCUUCCAUCUUCUCUUCUCUUCAAGGCAACAUGCAGAGCCUCGUUGGCGCUGCCGCAACCAUGUAUGCCCUUGCGACUCCCGAUGCCCUCAAGGCCGUCAACAUGACCAACCCUACCUCAGCGAGUACACUCCUUCGACCCUUCCAUGCCAACAUCUGGAACAUCAUGCCGACCGAGCAGGGUACAAGAGUUCUUCUGAAUACUGUCUCACUAGUGAUGGGCAUUCUCAUGCAUUUCUUCUUCCAGAUGGGACUUAACGGUAUUACAACUUCUACCAAGGUCCUCCAGUCGUACUCAAAGCGAGAUGUUUAUAUUUUCCGCUUCAUCACUGGAAAGAUUUAUACCCUCAUCGGUGCUUUAGGCAUGGCUGGCUAUUUCUGGGCCUUCCGCGAGAAUUGGAGCGUUGAUGCUGCUCAGUUCUUUGAGACUUGGAUGUGCCUCUGGUUCUACACGGACAUCAACUACCUUGUCAUCGACACAGUGCUGGCAACUAUAGUUCCUAUGCAGUUCUUUGCAUUCUUCCUACUUACAUGGAUCAUUCUCAAUAUCGGGUCAACCGUCUUCCCAUUUGAGCUCACGCCUGGGUUCUACCAUUGGUCGUGGGCACUUCCAGCCCAUAACGCGUGGCUUCUUCUCGUCGGUAUCUGGUCUGGGUGCCGUGCCAACAUUGGGGUUACUCUACCCAUCUUGUUCUCUUGGUGGGUUGUCGGCCACGCUGGAAGCGCAUGGUCAGUCCGCAAGAGGUGCUUGAUGGCUGAGGCCGAGGCUGAGAGUCAGUUGCAAGAUACUCCCAACGAGAAGUUUGAACGAUUUAGCACCGAGCAGACACGGCAGGAAACAUCACAUGGACUGAGACCGGCACGGGAUCUUGACCUGGAGGCCAAUCUCCCCGCGCAGCGUCUGCGCAAUGACGAUGAUAAUCGGACAAUUACAAAUGGCGGCGAGCUGUCACAGGAGCACGAUAACAUCAAAUAG